CAAUGAUGUAAGAAAUGAAACAAGACGUGAAUCAAAACGUGAAUCAAGACGUGAGCUUGAAAUUGCUGUUGAAAGUUCUUUGAUUGCAAUGAUUCUAAGAACUGGGAGAUCUUAUAAAUUUAGACCUUAA